CUUUCCCUCUAUCCAUUUUACAAGGCUCCACCCGCCACUAAAUGCGAGAUCCAGCACUCCUAUAACUUGUAAAAAUAUAACCAAAUUGCUAAGCUACUGAAUGCGAGAUCCGUAAUUUUUAUACAGGACAAUCAAAGAGCGUAGAAAAUCAAAGAGCUCCAGAAUCUGCCAAAUUCCCCCAAAUCUAAAAUAAAGUUGAUUACAAAAACUUGGUUUAUUCAGAUGGUCUACGUUGUAGCGGCCGAAGAUGGUGGAGGAGAAGCUGACGUCGACUGUGGCGGACGGAGCUCGAAGGUGGCCGACGGCGUUGAAGUUGGCUCUGUGACUGGAGGGAUCUGAGAUGUCUAUCGAGAGGGAUAAUUGCUGGAGCCUGGAGGGAAUUUACUGAAAAUGGCAGUUUUGACAUUUGACCGAAAUUUGAGAAGAAUUUACUGAAAACUCAGCCGUCUGCACGCAGUCCCCCGUUGGGGGACUGUACCUAGCAGUGCUUUUUUUUAAAUUAAUUUUAAUUUAUGAGUAAGAAAAUAAAAUUCUUCUCAAAGGUGAAACCAAUUUUUAACAAAUUUAUGUAAAUUUCCGGUUUGGAAAUGGGAAAAAAUAAUCGGUUGAAAAUCGUGUAAUCCUCGUACAAACUCUAUCAAAACAAAUAAAAUCCACCUUAAAAAGCAAGUUUUUUAAACUUCCACGAGAAACGUGAACCCACGAAACUUUAGAAGGAAAAUUGACAGUCACUCCGGCGUUCUCGGAUGGACUCAGCUCCGAACUCUCAGCCCUUCGCUUGCUUGCUUUUGAAUUCUUUAGCAUUUUCCAACCAAUCUUUUGGUGGGAGGUUCGGUUUGUGUAUGGGUAUACUUUUAUGUUGAGGAAUGGAAUUUAGUAGUUUGACAUAGCCAGACCUGCAACCAAGGAAAUGGAUUCAACAAGGAGCUGGUUUCAGAAGUUUCAAACCCGGGACAGGUCAAGGGGUAUGACAAAGCAGCCUAGUGGUGAAGGAAAGGAGGAUUUGGAUGCACAGGGUGAUGAACAAGCACUUUCCAAUGUCACAAAGCAGAAGGUUUCGGUGGCAAAGCAGUAUAUAGAAAACCACUACAAGGAGCAAAUGAAGAACCUGCAGGAGAGGAAGGAGCGAAGAAAUAUUCUGGAAAAGAAGUUGGUUGAUGCUGAUGUCUCUGAGGAAGAUCAAAAUAACCUUCUCAAAUUUUUGGAGAAGAAGGAAACCGAGUACAUGCGUCUUCAGAGGCAUAAAAUGGGCGCUGACAAUUUUGAGCUACUGACAAUGAUUGGAAAGGGUGCAUUUGGAGAGGUAAGAGUUUGUCGGGAAAAGGAAACAGGUCAUGUUUAUGCUAUGAAAAAACUUAAGAAAUCAGAGAUGCUUCGCAGAGGCCAGGUCGAGCAUGUGAAGGCAGAAAGGAAUCUGCUUGCAGAGGUUGAUAGCAAUUGCAUCGUCAAACUCUACUGUUCUUUUCAAGAUGAUGAGUUUCUAUAUCUGAUUAUGGAAUAUUUACCUGGGGGAGAUAUGAUGACUUUACUUAUGAGAAAGGAUACCUUGACUGAAGACGAAGCCAGAUUUUAUGUUGCAGAAUUAGUUCUGGCUAUUGAAUCUAUUCAUAAACACAAUUACAUUCAUAGGGAUAUCAAGCCAGACAACUUGCUUCUUGAUAGAUAUGGGCACUUGAGACUGUCAGAUUUUGGACUGUGUAAACCAUUAGACUGCAAUACACUCCAAGAACAGGAUUUUUCAGUGGGGAACAGCCAAAAUGGGGCUGCACAGAAUGAAGAGCGCUCUCUAGCUCCAAAACGCACACAGCAAGAACAACUACUGCAUUGGCAAAAGAACAGAAGAACGCUUGCUUAUUCUACUGUCGGUACACCCGACUAUAUUGCGCCAGAAGUUUUGUUGAAGAAAGGAUAUGGAUUGGAAUGUGACUGGUGGUCACUAGGGGCUAUUAUGUACGAAAUGCUCGUGGGGUACCCGCCAUUUUAUUCUGAUGAUCCCAUGUCAACAUGCAGAAAGAUAGUGAACUGGAGAACUCAUUUGAAGUUUCCUGAGGAAGCAGAGCUAUCUCCAGAGGCAAAAGGUCUUAUUAGUAAACUUCUGUGUAAUGUAAACCAGAGGUUAGGAUCGAAAGGUUCUGAUGAAAUAAAGGCUGAUCCGUGGUUUGAAGGUAUUGAUUGGGACAAGAUAUAUCAUAUGGAAGCUGCAUUUAUUCCCGAGGUCAAUGAUGAUUUGGAUACUCAAAAUUUUGAGAAGUUUGAGGAGUCUGAUAACCAAAGUCAGACUUCAUCCAAAAAUGGUCCGUGGAGAAAGAAGCUCUCAGCUGAGGACCUUAAUUUUAUGGGUUACACGUAUAAGAACUUUGAAAUUGUCAAUGAUUAUCAAGUGCCUGGGAUGGCUGAGUUGAAGAAGAAAACCGGCAAAGCAAGGAGGCCAUCUGUCAAGUCACUUUUUGAGGGUGAGUCUGAAACAUCAGAAACAUCUGAGGCGUCUGAUAUAUCUGCAAGUAGUCAACCUGUAUAAGGGAGCUUUUUAAACCUCUUGCCUCCCCAACUGGUAGCAUCUCAAAACCACAAAGAAUCCCCUUAACCCAGCUUUUUCUCUGCAUGGUGAGAUGGACAAGAUGCUCCAGUUGAUACGCCAACACAUUGAUUUCCAAGUAACUGGGUGUAAAUUUUGGGGGAAGUCAAGGGUUGAUAUAUCCGCAUGAAAUUGAGGCUUGUUUGAAAACUUAAGCUUUGAAGUGUGAAGAAAGGGUUCUGUUUUUGAAGCAACAAAUUAGCUCAGAACCUUCUUGGAAAGGAUUCCAGUAAGUUUUUCUGUUUCCAAAGAUCCUAAACUGACAAGAUUAACAAUUCAUGCUCUACAGAAAUGCAUUUUGCAUUUUUUGUUUUUUGUCAAUCUACUAGAUAUUGUAUAGAGAAACUAUAAUGUGCUCAAAUUCCGUUUGAUGUAUAUUGUGCUUUUCAUUGGUUAGUCCCUUUUUUGGAAUGAGCAUUAUGCUACCAAAUUCAAUCUAUAUACUUAUGUUGGCUGC